GCCACUUUUACAUCGUUCGUCGUUUGUACAGCAAGUAUUGUUCGGAAAGAAAAGUGUAACUAUUUCUUAUUUUCUUAACUCCCCGAUAUCUGUGUAGUACCCAUUUAGAGUGAAAAUAUAGUAAAAUCAUUUUUCGCCGUAACGGGCUUGGAAUACGAGUGGAAACGAUUUAUGAUUCGCUCGAUAAAAGAACUAUAUGUUGCAUCGCUAGCAAGGGUGUAGGCAGUUUCUUCAUGCUCUGCAAAUCCCGUCUGGGAGUGAGGUGCCUGCCCUACUAGACGGGACUCGUGCAAGAAGAAAAUAGUAAGACGAAAGACGAAGGAUGUGGUAAGCCGUGGAGGUCUUGCUACUGCUGCUGCUCCUAAUGGCAUGAAGAAAAUAGAACAGACCGCUGCUUUUUGGAUUUGCCGUCUUUUGUUCUGGUGUUUCGGUUUAUUUUCGACGGGUGUUGCUACGACUGGUCUGGGUAUUAUUUGUUUACAUUAACUGUAACGAGAGAGCAGAAAUUUAUGGUCGCAAAUUUUCCCGAGAGAAUAGAAUAGAAAAAUUAAUUGUGAUUGUGUGGAGGAAAAUUCGAGUCAUCAGCUUAGUGGAUCACGUAUUUACCUGGCGAAGGAACAGUGACCGAUUAAAAGAAAAAAAAACGUAUAUCUCCACGAUGGAGGAGUCACUAUUGAAGGAUCUCGAGACGGCUGCGCAUAUUAUAAUGGCACCACCAACGGUAGUCAGUAGAGAGCAGCGCCAGCAGUCCGAAACCAUUUUCAUGAAUUUCCGCAAAACUAAAUCUCCGUACGUCCUGUGUCAGACAAUUCUCGAAAAAUCCGUUGUUGACCUGGUGUUGUUCGAGGCGGCAGACGUCCUUAAGAAAGCCGUAGUCGCGGAAUGGAAGUACAUUCCAGAUCAGGAUAAGGCAUCGCUCCGACAGUACCUGCUGAACUACAUCAUUCAACGGGACAUUCCAGUAUUCAUUAGGGACAAGCUGCUGCAGGUCGUGGCAAUUAUGAUUAAGCGGGCAAGUUUGGAGGACGUCGGGCAAGAGCGAGGUCUGAUUAUAGAGGAGACUAAAAAGAUGCUCGUUUCGGGUGAUAUCAAGCAGCAAAUUUUAAGCUGCAGCAUUAUUCUGGCCAUUUUAGAAGAGUACUGUAAUAUUGUACGGUCGGACGAUACCGGCCUAACGACUUACGAACAUUUUCGAGCGAAGAAGCAAUUUGAAGAUUCAGAUUUACUGAAGGUUUUUAUUAUGGCGCUACAAUCGAUGGAGGAACUCGUCAAAGUAUUUGAUGCCAGCAACUCAAUGCAUUCGUAUCUCUUCAAGCAAAUGCUUUCAGUGAUGGAAACUAUUCUGACGUGGGGUUUCCUGCUGCCUAAGCUGCAGAUAGUUCGAGUCCUGCAGCCGUCUCUCUCGAAGAAAAUUAUCGAUACUUCGGAAACGGUAACGAAGGCACUGCAUGCUCCACCGCUGCGAUUACACGCACAGUGGAAAAAUGUAAUUUUUGAACCCAAAUUGUUGGAGAUCUUUUUCUACAUCUAUUGGAAAAUACGUGAUAAUGAAGAUUUGCAACCGAAAGCGCUGAUUUGCAUCUUGCAGCUGUCCACCCUAAAGGGGCCCAUAAUAAGCGAUAACAAGGAAGAAAGCAUGAACUAUUUGAGCAACUAUUUGACGCACUUUUUGUCGAUGUUGAAUACGAUCGAAAUCAAGGAAAAAGAGGCCUACAGUUUUUCGCUAAUUCUGCGCAAGUUGCUACAGCUGCUUCCGCGAGCAGAAAUUAAAAGUCUUCCAAACGCGCUUUGCAAUGCAUACAUGCAGCAAACGCUUACAAUGACAUUGAAAUUUAUCGAAUUGUCCGCAAUGGAAGAAGCCAUGUCCCCGGACGAAACGGUUUACAUUGAUGCUCUUGGUAAUCUGCUGGAGGUUUGGUUGCUCGUGCUGAACGACAAGGAAAACUAUCCGUCAGAAGUUAUGGUUCCGUUCAUUACGCAAAUGUUUGAAAAAUAUAUACAGUAUCAUUUGGCAGCUCCCGAUGGCAUGCGAGGAGUUGGCAGAGAUUCUGAUUCGAUUGAAGAGAUAGCCGAUUUCGAAGAAUCUGAUCGGGAGCGUUUCAAGGAGCAGUUAAUAAUAAUCGGUUAUUUCGGGAGAGAGAUUCUAACGCACUCGUUGCCCCUGCUUUCUAAAUUGCUCGAGGAUAGAACGAGGAAUCUGGGCACGCAGUUGCAUAUGUUGCACUCAACAAAAACAAUGAGUGAAAAUAGUUCCAAAACCAUGUUAAAUUUGUUCGAGGACAUUCACUGGAUUCUGCUGGUUACCGGGCAUGUACUGGCACUAGAAGCGGAUGGGGAAUCGGCAAUGAUACCAGGUGAAAUUCUCCAGCUUUGCACGCAAAACAUUUCCAACGGUGUGACUGAUAUACAGAACAGUCUGAAGUUACUGGCUUCACCGAGUCAGGACAUCAAGGAAAUUCCGAACGCGGAAAUCAACGCAGAUCCUGUGAUUCGAUUAAUUGCGGCUGGUUUUCGGUUGUGUGAGCUUGAAAAAAGUGCCAUCGAAGUCCGCAUGUAUCAGUUCCUCAGUCCGGAAUUGAGCAGCACGCUUGUUUGGUUCAUGCGACGUUGGGCCGACGCCUAUUUGAUGCCUGUUAACGAGGAAUACGUGAGCACUAUAUUUCGGGAAGCAUUCGGAGCGGGUACACCGGGCUCAGUGUGGGUUAUAAACUAUUUGCUAAACAAAAUUUGCUUGAACUCACAGUUCCUUCGUACGGAGCAAUCUGUCAUAGAGGAAACGUGUUCCUUAUUCUUGGUACUGCUGAAGCGAAAAGAUCGUUGUACGGCGAUUUUCAACUCGGAGUACUUCCGAUCGAUCUGUGAUUUGAAGAGUGCGGAUCUACCGUCGACUGUGAAGCGAAAGCUUUUGAAAGGUUUUGUGAUGGUUGCGUCCAGCGUUGAGAGUGAUGCGAUGCGUGGCGAGUACCUGGGAAAGAUUCUGCAACCAAUCGAAGAAAAGUACAAAAUGUUGAUCUCACAUCAAAAUUUCCAGUCUGUGUAUCAGGAGGAGAGUGUCAAGCUAAAGAUUAUUGAAAUGUUGGAAGAGUUGAUCGGAUGCGUGCAAGGGGCUUAUCAGAACUCGUUGACGAUUAUUUUCACAAAAAUUCAAAACAUCUGCAAAGAGUUGCCCACGUUUCUGGACAUCUAUCAUAACUAUACGCUGAUCGUGGAGCUCAUCUUGGAGCUGGUGUGUGAAGUGGUAGCUACCAUCGGUAACGUAACAUCGGAGCAAGCGAUACGAACGGCUGUGCACGAGUGCUGCUUCUCGGUGAUUCGAAUUUAUGUUAAAAACAACUCGAACCGUGUCUCGCUCGGAGCCGCGAACACAGACAGCGAUCCGCUGGAUCUGAUUUUGAUUCUGAAAAUGAUCAACCACCUGACAUCGAAGCCACUGUUCACGGACGAUUUACUUUUCUCCGGAUCGGCGGAGGAUAGCAGUGCACAAUCAUCGGAGAUUUGUAUUUUCGGCCUAACUCACAUCGUCCCGCUCAUCACAAUUGAUUUGAUCAAGUAUCCGGAUCUUUGUCAGCAGUACUAUAGCACAAUCAGGUCAUUUAUUGAGGAAAAAUCUCAUCUCACUCCCACUCUCCAUCCAGAUUUGCUGAAACAGUUGCUCAGCUCAAUCGAACUGGGCCUUGGUUCAUUCACCGCCGAAGUCGAAAGUCUAUGCUUGGAGUUUCUGGAGAUUUACGCUAGCAAUGUGUACUUCAACCAGGACAAACAGGCGCCAAUGGCGGUGCUUCUGCGUCCCUUCCUCAAACUGAUGUUGGACAUGAUAUUCGGCCAAAAGAUUGACCUGAACAACACGAUGGACUGGUAUCGGACGGUGUUCGUAGUGAUCUGCUGCUUUCCGGAGUAUUUUAAGGAGCUGCUUAACCAAUUUUUAAGCGAACAAUUCGACUCGGAACAGAUCAUGGGCGAGGAUUUGGUGCGGACGAGCAUUGCACUGGUGAACGAUAUCGAGUUCGUCAAUAACCGGCUUACCAAGUCGCAGUUCAUCGAGCGGUUCGACAAAUUUGUUACGAAUUUCAGCACGAUGUACAAAAAGUAAGCGUUGAGGGCCGGCCGCUGGUUGGCGAUUGUUUAUAGCUGAUUACGAAUACAGUUGGUAAGUUUGCCGUUUUGUUCUUGUUGCGUUGCUUGAUUUGACUGUUCUGUAGGACGGUAUAUGUUUGAGUCGAUAUGUACAUGCGAUUUAUGAAAUAUGACGUUUAUAUUGAUUGGUUUUCAAACGACGCAUAUUUUUACAAAUUGGCUAUUGCGCGCUAUUGGAUCGGUUUUUACUUAUUUUUCUUCAACUAAUAUUUCGUAGUAACUUUGUCGGAAAAUUUGCAUUGCCUCGGAAUUUUAGUAAGCGUUUUACUUAGGAAUCUGUCUUUGUUCUCCGAUCAUUUGUUGGUGAAAUGCAUAACGAUUCUGUGUGUUAUUUUUCCAUCUAAAUUUAAAAAAGCCUUGACGGUUAGAAGUUAAGAUAUAGUUUACUUCAAAAGACAAUUAGUGUUUAACUACAUCUCGGCUGUUUUUAAGUUAACGGUGGGUGAACGCUUCACGAUCAUUACUACGCAUAGAUUCGAAUAACAAUCAUUUAGGAAAAAAAUAUCGAAUAAUCAUUUUUUUGAUAAGCAUUUAACAGUUCGGACAGUUGACAUUCAAUUAUAUAUCGUUCUGCGUAUUUUUCCGAUUGGGAAUUCGAAAUUGAAAUGAUCGAUUUCUAUGGCAACUAGUUCAAACCGAGCUUAAAAAUGUUCUCUAUAUCACCUUAAACUUCGAACACGACGACGGAUGGCAAAUUCCUAAUACUUUCUAAGCCAUUAUUCGGGUCUCAAAUGUUUAUAGUGCCCAAAAAUAAUCAUAGAAUUUAAGAAAAAAAUUGAACAUUGGCAUUUUGUGGUUCAUCUUUUCUAAUUCGUGCGUUCAAGUUUUUUAUAUAAUUCAGAUUUUACGGAUUUCAUCUCAUACCUACCAUAUAUGUUUGGGAAAAAAUCCCUAUUCUCUGCACUGGAGUACGCCGUCAUACAGUACACUCUAUAUAUUAAUUUUCAAAAAUGUAAACUCUGAUUAGCCUUUUGAAGUCGGCAAUAUUUUCUUAAGAUGCAUGUUCGGGAAAGUACAAAUGCAGAAUAGUGGAACCGAUGAUAACAAAACUCAUCAACACCAAUGAAGAUCACAUUUCCCUUGAAAAUAAUAGAAAACGAAAAUUUACUCUAAAUACACACUGUUAGAAGACACUUCUUUCUUUACUCUCCGUAGAAAGGAUAAGAACGUUGUUUUAUUGUUCUAUACGAGCGACACUUUAAAUGUAAACAUUCUAAAUUCUCAGUACUGUGCUUUCAUUGCAUCACACACUGUCGAUAAAAAACCAUUGCAGUAGAAGGAAAAGCGAAAUAAGGAUAGCUAGGAUAAUAUUCGUAGAUAGGGGUUGGGAGGUCAUCACCGGGUAAAAUAACGCAAAGUCAAGUUAACAUCUCCGUUUGUUCUGUAGUGAAUUGCAUUGGUCGACUAAAUCCUGAACAAAUAUAGAAUACGGGAUAUUUUCUACAAUCGGCGAUUAACAGUGACGUCUAAAAGACAGGGAAAAUACUGUAGAAUAUAUUUUUUCUUUUUGUGCUAACGUGGUUGGAUAUGAAAAUUAUGUCGACCUCUGUGUGUGGUCCUAGGAAUUCAAUCAAUUUAUUUGUUGAAUAAAAAUGUAGCUAUUUCAUGUUCUAUUUUCUUGCUUCCCUCCAAUCUUAUUGCACAUAUAAAUAAUGAUUUUUGAAUAACAUUUAUGGCCUUUUAUCAAAUUGCUAGAAAUUCAUCUUAGGUAGAAAGCAAUUCUGAUCAUGCUUCACUCCUACCGUGUGUCCAAUUCUUUUCUUAUACUGACGCAGUUUGCGGUGUAAAUUAAUUUUCUAAACAGUAGAAUAUUUUUCAAAUCAUCAAAAUGUACAUUCUCAGAUUUACGUGAAAACCGUACGGACGGAAUAGGAAACAAUGUUUUGAGGUCGAUUUUUACAUGCACUUUUUGCAGCAUUUUUUAUUAUAGCUAACUAGCGUAUUGUUCAUAUAUUUAUAUACAACAGUAGAAAGAUGAUGCUUUUUCACGACGAAUGUGUACUUCAAAAACCGGAACGGGUCGGCUGAUGUUUGCGCUGAUCCUGCACAGCAAAUAGUGGGGUCUACUGCUUCAUUCUCUUUGUGAGUUGAAUUUCAGUUGUUCACUUUCGCUGUUGAAGCAAGGAAAAAUCAAACUAUCUAUUGCUAGGUAUAUGUGACAUUAUUUUACACGUGCUAGAAACGUAAUAUUUAGAAGUGUACAACACAUCGUAAAAGUUUCGUAUACAUGUCAAUCUAAUUUUGCUCUUGCGACUGACAUUUUUUUCGAGAAACUUUCGACUAUUGCUUUUGUGUUAACCUUGUAAAUAGUUCCCCACAUUCAGAGCCAUAACUUACACGUUAAUUUAUUUUUAAUAUUUAUCUAUAAGCUUAAUAACGUGACGUUGAAGCGAUUCGAUCGAUAUGGAAUGUUCCAUCCCUAUAAAUAUGAAGUUUAAUGAUUGUAUUUAACAAAAAACAUAAACACAACAAAAUUUUUUGGAAUUUAAUAUAAAAAACACCCCUCUUAUAUAGUUAAUAAUAUACUUUCACUCUUUUUAUGAUAUGUACGUUGUAGAUGACAGAAAUUGGGCAUCAUGAAAUGAUCGAAUGUUGUUAGUUAUGCGAAAAUCGGCUUACGAGAGCUCAUUCAAAAUAAAAAAAUCAAUCAAAAGAUAGUAAUGACAACACACAAGCUACAGUUACACUACUGAAUCAAUGAUAUUAACCAGUAAGCAGAAGCAUUUUAUUAUUGUAAUACAAGCAGGAAACAAUCUUGCAGCAAACAGUUAGCACGAGCUAUAUAUAUAUGAACAAAAAAAAAAAAAAAAACAAGCGAAUCGCUCGCCCUAUCACUGUACUGCAUCAGAGCGAACGCGCAAUCGAUAAUCGAUAUCUACUUUUUAAAAGUACAAAAUAACUAUUAACUACAGCACUACAGAAACAGCAAACUGAAUAUAGAAAAAGGCGAAAAGGCAGUGUGUCAGAUAGUAGUAGUAGUAGCUAAGCGAUUUUAAAUUCUUUCCGAUAAGUGAUACUAUAUAGUAUAUAGUAAGAAAUAAACCUACAGUGACGAUACCAGGGUACUAACCCCGGCUCAUACGAGGACAAAGAUCUCCUGAGUAGUAA